GUUCGGGAAACUUUCUGGUUCUUGAGGAGCUCAAGAUACUGCUUCUCAAAGGCAAUUUUGAGCCACCCAGAACCUCAGAAGAAAAUGGACGACAUAUCAGAAGAGCGAUCUCGGAAAAGACGCCGUCUCAGCAGCGACGACGACCCCCAGCAGAAGCAACGGAAACCACCUCACAGCCUCACAAGCUCGAUAUCACCCCCUCCCUUGCGCCGAAUUCAAAAGCCGGAGAGCCAUAACUCUAAAGUUAUGAAGUCUCCUUUUCAGCUCACAUGGAUUCGCGACCUUCCCGAAGCAUCGAACAAGGACGCUGUCUCGUUGAAGGACCUUCUGGGUGAUCCUUUAAUUUCAGAGUGUUGGGAAUUCAACUACUUACACAACUUGGACUUCUUGAUGGAGGCAUUUGAUCCUGACGUUCGUGAUCUUAUCAAGGUCCAUGUGGUCCAUGGGUUCUGGAAGAACGAUGACUCUAGCCGACUCAACUUGAAGAUUCAAGCUGAAAAGUACCCGAAUAUCACCCUCCACACGGCAUAUAUGCCCGAAAUGUUUGGGACCCAUCAUACGAAGAUGCUUGUUCUCUUCCGACAUGAUGACACGGCGCAAAUAAUCAUCCAGUAAGCGAUCUCUUCAUAUUUUCUUUGCUAUCAAGAUCUCGUUUGGAGAAUUUGUGAAUUUAUCCUCCUGAUACGCCACAGAGUGACCAUGCUGAUGUGGUAGCUUAUGUAUAAAGCCUACUGACCCCGCCCUUAGUACUGCAAACAUGAUUCCCUUCGAUUGGACCAACAUGGCUCAGGCGGCCUGGAUUUCACCGAUGCUCCCUUUACUGAGCGCCACAGGUAUGACCGAAGCCGCAGAGCCGGGUACCAUAGGGAGCGGAUCUAGAUUCAAAAUUGAUUUCCUGAAUUACUUGAAAGCCUACGACAACAACCCUAAGCGAGAGAUAUGCAAGCCACUUGUCAACAUACUAAUAAAGCAUGACUUCUCGACGAUCCGAGGCGCACUUCUUGGAAGCGUACCAGGAAGGCACCACAUCGAGAAAGACUCAGACACCUCAUGGGGCUGGGAGGCUUUGAAGAACGUGCUAAGUGCCGUGCCAGUGAAAAGCAGCGAUGGUGAAAUCGUUAUUCAGAUAUCCUCGAUUGCUACUUUAUCUGAGAAGUGGAUCGAAAAGACCUUGUUCAAGGCUAUGGGCACGUCCAAGAAUUUCCCCAACUCAAAGUCGAAAUUUAAGGUCAUCUUCCCAACUGCUGAUGAGAUCCGGAGAAGCCUCAACGGAUACGACUCUGGCAGUGCUAUCCAUACGAAAAUCCAGUCGGCUGCUCAAGCCAAGCAAGUGAAAUAUCUGAAGCCGAUACUCUGCCAUUGGGCUGGAGAUGCUGAUGAGCGUGCUUCUGGUUCAGAGCAAGUAUCUGAUGCUGGUAGGAAGAGAGCAGCACCUCACAUCAAGACUUUUAUCCGGUUUGCUGAUGCCAAGAAAGUGUCAAUCGAUUGGAUGCUGGUAACUUCCGCCAAUCUAUCCAAGCAAGCCUGGGGAGAAGCAUCGAAUGCAGGCGGUGAUGUUCGGAUCUGCAGCUACGAAUUGGGAGUCAUGGUCUGGCCUGAGUUGUUCGGAGAGGAAGCAACUAUGAUUCCAACAUUCAAGACCGACAUGCCAUCACCAAAUUCCGGAAAGCCCGGAGAGGUGGUUAUUGGAGCAAGGAUGCCAUAUGACUUACCUCUGGUUCCAUAUGGGAAGGAUGAUAUGCCAUGGUGCGCAACUCUCUCGUAUCAAGAGCUUGAUUGGAGGGGUGAAUCCUACGGAGUUUAGUAACUGGGUACAACAUAUCUCACCUGGCCAACGUAACAGUCUCACGGCAUUAGAUGGUAUAAUAGCUGGUCACACAGCAUAACCGUCGCGCGCACGUCGCAUGAUAACAGCAGAUCCAUGAAACAU